AUUGGUAUGGUGGGAGAGGCUGGUUUGUUGACUGACUUGGUGCUCUCGGCUGUGCUGUAGCUGUUGCUAGUAAACUAGCGAACCACCUCUUCACAGAUAAAGAUAUUCAAUUGACAAGAUGUCAGGAUUGCAACUCUCCUGAAGCCGGCACAAGAGAACUUCGCCUGCAAAUGAUUUUCGUCUUCUUGGACCAUUUUACACCGGAGCCCGACGUGGUUUUACUAGCAUUAGCUGAAGUUACAAGAUUGACAAAAUAGACGGCUAAAGUUGCUCCUGGAGUGAUAUGUGCAACGCCAGGCUCAACAGCGGAACACUAUGUAGAAGGAUCGCCUGUUGAGAGCAACAUGGAAUUACUGAUUUCGCAAGAUGUAUUUCGGCCUUUAAAUAAACUGCCAUUUCUCCGAGAGGUUAUUUAAGUUGUGAUCUCGGAGAGUUGAAGCAGCGGUAUAUCUGGGCGUUGCUGUCAAACUGUCGCUCGUUCUGGCUGCAGCGCUGGCCUAGGAAGCUAGCGGCGAGCUAGCUAGCUGGCCGCACGUCCUGCUCAUCCACCAAAGUAAGUGCUCAAACUCAGUGAGAAUUCAUUGACAGCUGUACCUGAUUUUUUAUCUCAAGGUCAACAGAGAUAAAUUGCAGGAGUUGGUUGUUGAAGUCACUGAAAUACACUGCGUGUCCUUGUUGUAUGGCAGUUAACCCAUAUAGAGGUGGGUCUGUGUAGCGUUAGCAUUAACUUAAUCUACCGCUGCUAUAACGUCAGUUAACGGUAGCCCACAAGACCAGGGCCUUCAUGAAUUAUCUUAAUAUAAACCAAACAUUUACUGACUUAAUUGACUCUAAAUGAACUGAAUGGCAUCACAGCCUGUAUGUGAGCUCCCAACUAAACAUAAGAACAGAACCAACAAGGAUCUGGGGCUGUUGCAUUUUUCCUUUGGUUUUCUUAUUUAAAAUUGUCCUGCAGUAUCCAGCUGUAGUUGUCAGUUGCCUUUACAUAGUUAGACAGAGAAUGUUUUGUGAAAAUUAGUGACAUGAGGAUAAAGCAUUUUUAGUUUGGGCAUUUAUGGCAAACAUUCAGUUCAUAGUCCUCUUGAAUGAAGUUAGAAGUUGAGAGCAAACCCUCCAAACAUGCCAGAGGUUAAAAAUCAGGUCUACACAACAGAAGAAAAAAAAACUAUGGGUGCUCAUUCAAUGUAUUUUAGUUUAGCAUUAAUGGAAAAAAAAAUGGUUUAAUAAUUUUUUAAUGUUGCGUUUGUUGUGAAUCUACACACUGACAGUCAAGAUCAUGUGCAGGCCUGUCGUAUCCCUGUGUCUGUGGGAAUGUCAGUAUAACAUGUAUGCUACGUUUUCAGUAAAGCAUUUCAUUUCAAAUUGCAGAACGACAUUGUUUAGUAACAGAGAAGUGGAGGAUUGAAAAUAGACCAUCAGUAAAGUCUGUGAUCAACUAAAGUCACAUACAAAGUGAAAAUGGUUAGCCUUUGCCAUUUUCGGUUCCUCUAAUCACAGGAUCUGUUUUUUUCUGUUUUACUAUGUUGUAAAUUGUAAAUUGAAUCAUGUCUUUUUUUGGACUGAUGCAAUUUCCUGGGGCUCCUUGGGAUCUGAGAAAUUGUGAUGGGAAUUUUGGCAUUAUUUCAGACAUUUUAUAGACUACACCAUCUGAGUAAUGAUCAGAUAAAAACUCUUCACUAAAACUAACUGCAUUUGCCCCAGAUUUUUACAGCUUUAAAAUCAACGUGGGUGAUGAAUGUUACAUGGCCUCAGCCCCCUCUAAAUGAUAUUCAUAAAACCUGGUUUACCCCGUUCUUCCAAUGUGGACACUGGACAAAGAAGACAGUCCCCCCUCUAAAUAUACUUGGAACUAUAAAAAGCUUUUCUCAAUUUGCCUGUUAAUGAAACACAAAUAACACUAACUACAUUUGGAGGAGGCACCAUGGCCAGCAAAAAUUGUCUCAGAUGUGCAUAUUUGGACUUUUCCGCCUGUUGUCAUACAGAUGCAGCCAGUGAGACAAGAUUUGAUCAUAUGCUGAUCUGUCUCAAGCACGUAUAACCGUGAUCCUCAAUCAAUAACCCUUCCCCUUUCUUUAUUACGAAAUGUCUUCUAUCUUUCUUCUCCUCCCACACAGUAGGAGUUUAUCUGACGGGACAAAGACGUCAUCACAUAUCAAAAAUCUUUUUUAAGUUAGGAUAAAAAUAGGAAGAAACAUGCUGGUUAGUUUUGGUAAUCACUACCAGUACACCACCAAUGACAUGACUCAUAUGAUUCCCAUCAUUCAGUAUUCAGUUUGAUAUAAUACUGUCUUUGAGAGGAGUGGAGGAGGGGGGCUUUAUAGCAGCAGCUCUGCUCAAGACAAAACAUUUACAUCUCAGAGUUAAAGCUGUGAUCAAAAACUUCUUAAAAAAAACAACAAAACACUUAAAACCUUCCAGAAAGAUUCCACACAGAAGAACUAAAGAUCUCUGCACUGCUGGUUGAAUUUUAUAACUGACACUGAGAGCAGCUCUGUUUUUGAAUUAGAUUUACAGAUUUUAUAACCUCCUUCCAGACCAUGAUUCCUCUGCACUCAGUUUUAUGCAACGCUUGAAUUGGUAACAGUUUAUGCAACAGUGGAGAACAUGUACCCUAGCUGAUCACGGUGUUUAAUUCUUCACACUCUGCUGACAAAAGAAGCCACCAUUCCCUCUGCUGACUUCAUCUUUUUGACUGUUUGAAGGUUGCCUGUUGUUGAUGGUCUCCCUGCCAGCCAUGGACACUGAGACUGACACCUGCCCUGCAGUGCACCAAAAUGGGACCGCCCAUCGGGAAUCUCCAGACACUAGUCCCGCUGCUGCUGUUAUGAGACUUCAUUUCUACCACAGCAGCCAAGACGAGGCCAACUGCACCUUUCUCAGCUACCCGCCUGGGGACUAUGGGGCUGAGGAGCUGUGUAUAGACGCAGCCAAGGCGUGCAGUAAGUACUGCAGUUGUGCAGGCCGGCAUCAUGCACCCCCAUACAUGUGUUGUGCUGUAACUCGGGGCAUAGGUCCUGAGAUAAGGUUAUCAAGAGGCCACAGUGAAACUAAUCAGCAGAUAAAUCGUUGGUUUGUAAAGUGUGCUCAAGGCUUUGUUUACGCAGUGUUUAACUUCAUGUGCUCUGUAUAAGGAUAAGCAAGAAUAUGGUCACUUUGCUGUCAUAGAGGCUUUUUGUUUUUACCAAUAUUGAACUUCAGAGUCCAUAAAAGUAUUGUGCAACUGAAACACAGAGCAGAGCCACGCAGAGGUGGUGGACAAGACUGACCUGCAUGUAUCAGGAGUGACAUGUCGUGUGUUUGAUGAUAAACCAAACACAGCUGACAUUUAGGACGGCCUUUGUCAACCUUUUUGUUCACCUUUGUUGGUGGUAGAAACUGUCUGUAUCGUAUGUAAAGCAUAAUCUGCCGGAAACUCCUCCUGUUUGUGAGCUUUAACAGUUUCUGCAGAUAUGCUGUAAUCAGAUUUUCAGUUAAAGUUAUACAGAUUAACGAGGAGUCGUGGUUCAAGCUAGAAUUACACUGUUUCUUACACAAAGAGCAAAGUUUGGGAGAUUGUCUGAAUCCUCCUUUGGCCACAACUGCCAACACAGGCAAGAAAAUGAAGUAAAUACUGGAGACUGUGGCGGAAUAACGGGCACUUAAAAAGGAGGUAGACCGGACAAGAGCUUAAAAGCUGGGUCAACAUCAGUGAAGCUAGCAUAAACAAUGGGGGACGCUUCAGGAUCUUAAGGACCCUGUAACCUUUCUGCUGGACAGGUAAACCGCUUUAACAGAGUAAGCAAAAUGUCUGUAACAGAAGUGUUUCCUGUCAAACGGGACCUGCUGCAUGUUGUAGCACCGCCAAACUGUUAACCUCGGGUCCUGGAGUAUGUCACUUUUUCCUAGUUGUAGAAGUCCUGCAAACAUUGUGUUUGCUGGUAGUCUGUUGGCAUCUACAGUAGCACCAAUGCUUUUUACUUUCACAUUGACUGGGCCCCAUUUGUAAUUAUCUAAAGUAUUUAUCUGCAUUAUAUCUAAAUUUAAUUUAAACGCUACAAGCGAGCAGGAACGUCUGUUUGUGGGCGGGGCUUUCUGGAGCAGAAAGGGAGGGUAGAGGAGGAGCUAAGGGGAAAACUGGGAGGGGUAGUGUUUACAUUCAAGAUUUCUCCCAAAAACUGGCACUUCCUCAGAUCCUACCUACCCCACUUUGAACAGAGAAAACACGAAUGCAGAGAGACACUGGCCCUCAUUUAUUAAUCUUGCAUAGAACUGAGCACAGGAUUCAUUGUAUGAUAGGACACACGUGAGAUUUAUGAAAGGGUUCGUAUCUGACCAAUCCCAGCGUACGUGUGAUCGUGUCUUUAUAAAUAUGGUGGCUAAAAUCGAUCAUCAUUAACAUGUUCACGCUCUUAAUUAUUCAUGGUUCAGGAGCUUGCCCACUGAGUCAAAUAUGUAAGAGGAGAAAUAUUAGAAAGAUGCCAAACUUUUCCGAGCUGAAAGAGGAUAUUCUCACGUCUGUGAUGGAAACUAACAAGGAUUUUCUCUUUGGAAGCGUCAAAACCGGUAUAAAAGCAGUCAAGAGAACUCGAUUAUGGUGGCACUGAACAGCGCUGCCCCGGGAAAGUGGACAGUGGCUGAAGUUUGAAGAAAUCAUUAGUCAAUAAUUGGCUCAUGAUGAUGAGUUAAUAUCUCAAACACGCCUCAAAUUUUUUUUCAUUGCCAUAACAUAGGGUACGUCGCUCCUAUUAUUGAAAGUAUUUAGUUUUAAUUUGUUGCGUCUUUGUAAUGUAGAGCAGACUGGAGAGUCCGACAGAAGCUUAACAAAAAUAAUUAUUAACCUCACCAAACGGUGUGUUGCUGCCCUUGAGGCACAUUUUUAUGGAUUUUUAUUGGAUUUUUAUCACUGAUUCAAUAGCAAGAGCACUUUAAAACUUGUACUUCACAUGUCAGAAUCCAUGGAUAAGGUCCUGUCUCCUCUGGACAGCACCUUUUGUGGAGUCUGUUUUUGUAAUCGUUCUCUGGGCACUGGGUCCUGGCGUUGCACCGGCACAUCCAACAGCACUCCAUACGCCGGAGUAACAUUGUUCAAAACUGUACUCGCCCAAAUGAUGUCCCACACCUUCGAGUGUACGACAACGCUCCCACCGCUGGGCCAAGACAGAGACAAACCUGCCUUUCAGGAGUCAAAAGCAGCGCUCCACUGUGGCGCAUGUGCGUGUGUUAAAACGGUGUUCCUGCUCUGUGGCAGUGUUUGCUGGCGGGGUUAUCAAAUAGGCCUAUUCACAAAGGGCAUAACCAAUUUAUUUUAGUUAAUUUUAUUUAUUUAUUCAUCUUUAAUGAGAUAUGACUGCUUGUGCUUAAUGACAGGUUUGAGGUUUGUUUAUUAAUUAUUUUGAGACAGACAUUUGCUGCACCGCAAAUCUACACCUACUCAAACUUGCGUACACAAUAUGAGACCUAUCAUGAGAUUUAAUCGUAUCGCACACUCAUGUCCAAAUUGAUAAAUGCCAGUCCUUGUGUGGAAAUGGUCGUACAAACAGUUUUCUGCUGUACGUUUGUUUGAUAAAUGAGGGCCAGAGAGAGCUGUCCUCUUUUAUGCCCCUCCUAUCUGUACAUUAACAUAUGCCCCGUGUAUCCUAUUUGAUACUGACCUUUUUGUGCUGCUAUUUUUAAACUUUUAAAUGCAGCUGGGUGUUGUGAUUGUAUCAUGCUGGUUUUGAAUUGUUGCUUCAUGCCACAAUUGACAGCACAGUUGUUAACCUGCCAUAUCUUUAAAGACUGGCGCUGCCAUAGGUACACCAUGAAUCUGUGGGAAACACUGGCACAGUGCCAUUACCCUGGUUUGUAAAAUAUGGUAUUCAGCACACUGAAUAUUGUCUUUACAGAACAUAAUGUGGUUUCUUUUUCUCUGUCUGUUGUAGGUAUAUCACCUCUGUACUGCAACCUGUUUGGUCUCUUUCGAGAGAGAGACCACUUGUGGUUUUCACCCAACCACGUAUUCCAACUCGAUGAAUCUGCUUCAGAGGAUGUUUAUUUCAGAAUAAGGUAGCACAUGACAGUGACAUCUUCAGUACCUUCUCCAGUUGGAUUUUGAAUGUUUUCUCAUUUGCGUAAUUUCUUCCACAGGUACUACUUCCCUGGCUGGUACAGUGGUGGGGCAUCCAGAGCAUAUCGAUAUGGGGUCAGCAAGGGAUCAGAAAGCCCUGUCCUUGAUGACUUUGUAAUGUCAUACCUCUUCUCUCAGGUGAGUACAGAGCCAAGGCUAAAUUAAAGGUGUAGAAAUGUCAAAUAUUCGGUUAGGACCACCAGUCAGCUCAGUAUUUAUCAGUGGAAUCCCUGCAAUUUAUUUUUCCUCUAAUUCCAGCUGUGUCAUUUUCAAGAUUUAAACCAGGAGCCAAAUUAUCCACAAAGAUUAUUUUAACACCAAUAAAUCCUUUGAUUUAAAAAGAUCUACUGUAUCAAGUAAAUGACCAAACAGAGUGGUAAACAUGUCUCCUUGGUGGUCUUUGUAGGAGCUGGUGGGAUUGCAAAAUUAUAUAUUUAAAGAUUUAGCUCACCGGCUAAAUACAAUUUUGCAUCUUGUUGACUUAAGAAAAAACAAACAAUGGAUUAAUGAGCUGGAAGUGUUUAAUGUCUUGGUGAGAGCAGGUGUGAGUUAUUAUACAUGAGACCCAUUAGACUGAGAGGAGAGUUAAAUAUGGCGCUGAGAAGAAAGGACAAAUACUUCUAACUUUGUACAAGGAGAGCCAAGUCAGAUUUAACCAGAAAAUAGCGAUCAGGGAAACCUGGAGCUGAGCACUUUUUAUAUGUGGGUCACUUUUUUAAACGUUUGUGAUGAACAAUGUUGUGCGUUAGUCUUUUUCCAUACAAUAAUAGACACUCUCAAAUUGCAACAGCACCCUGAUGAAGUUUCACCAUCACCACACCUAUGUACUUACACAUGCAGUAACAUAAUGACCUGCCAGUGUGGGAUUUCACAGUUCACAGAGGAAGCAAGACAGGGAAAGGCUUGUGCACGCACACACACACAUAGUGCUGUUCCAAUUAACUCGAGGAAGUGAUUCGGUUCAGUACGUUCACUUAAAAGAUUCGGUUCUUUUGAACGACUCGUACGCGAACGACACAACACUAUUAUGGACUAUACAAUCAAGAAUAGGCUACAUGCUGAAAACGUGCCUAAGUCACAACAUACCGUAGCAUCAGCUGGUUAAGAUGAGGUAAGAGUUCAACUGUGGAGAAUGGAACUUCAAACAGUGUCAUAAAAAUGCUUCAGUGUUAAAUUUGAGUCCUUGUGGCUGCUUACUGUAAUUUUAAGCAGGUGUAUUGAUUGUAGGUCGUCAACAAAGUGACCAAGAGAUUAACAAUUAAUAGUUAAGAUUUAAUACCAAGUAUACCAGCUGAAUCAUUAUUUGGUCCGAAAAAUGAUGCAUCAGUAAGAGCAGGAGCCUUACUCAUUAUCCAUCAGGCUUUAAAGGGCAUAAAUAUCCUGCCUUGAAAUAACAAAUAAGUAUUAGCCUUAAAUCAGGCUCUGCUGUUUCUAGUUUCUUGAAAAUAAAAAUAAGGUUUUGCUGCUCUUUGUAUUUUAUUGGAUGUAAAUCAAAAGUUUUGCCUUCUGGAUUCACGUUUAAACAGAUCAAACAAUCUGAAGACGUCCCUUGUGUAUUAUUCAUUAUUUUCCAACACCAUAAAUAAAAACUGUGGUUAGUUGCUGCCCUCUUCACCAGCACGUUGUAUACUUUUUCAUACAUGUCAUUGUAAGUCAGCAUAAUAAGUUGCCCACCAGUAAUGGAUUUUUUAGCUUUGUCGCAUGAGGUGAUCAUUUGUUACAGUGCUUGUUGAAAAUACAUCUUUAAAAUUCUGUUCUGAUUCAGAUGGAGAUGCACAUUUCUUUAUUUGAACCUUUUGAAUGUCUUUGGUAACACACACUGAGGUCUGAUCUGUAAAUGAGGGUUGCCAGUGUAAGACAGUGUCACCAACAAGUUCUUAAAUUUUCAGCCAGGACAGUCAGACUUCUUCUGUGAGAGGGGUUGCAGUCUUUGCCAGAAGUUGAUGCAUCAUCUUGCAUGCAAAAAUCCAUACCUCAGUGAGAGCAAAACCUGAAUGAGAAAGCAAAACAAAAACAUCAUCCUUAUUCUUAGUCUUUUGUGUGCCCUGCAAGCCUUUUCCUAUGCCAAUAGUAGGACCGGGCGAUUUGGCAAAAAAAAUUGAUCACGAUAUAUUUUGUCAUAUUGUUCGAUCUCGUUUUAAAGUAUCUGUACUAAAAACUAAAGAAACUAGAGAUUAGUUCAACAUUUUAUUAACAUACAAAGUAAAUGACGAAGCAAAUUGAACUUAAACUUAGAAAAAUAUAAAACUCAUUUUAACUCAACUGUACAAUAAAUGUAGAUAAAUACUAAAUAAUAAAGUAAACUAGUGGACAGUCCUGAGUAUGUUUGCAGGCAUGCAAGACCCAAAAUAAACAAAUCACCCCUUCAGGAAUUAUGAAAACGCCUUAAAAUGUAAACAUUAGAUGAUGUAAACGUAGAUGAUACAGUUGAUUGCUGCUUUGGUCUGGUGGCUGCACUGCUAGUUGUGGCUUAACUGCCAAUGAUGCUAGUGCCGUCAGCAGUGUCAGGCUGUGCAGACUUCGCUCUCAUAUUCAUGCUUUCCGCAUCCACCCGGGAGGUACUUCUUCAAAUGAUUAAACAGAUUUGUUGUGUUGCCGAUUUUUGAGGGCACUGACAUACCUUGCACAUUGGCUUAAUUGCUCGACGUCACUUUAGAGAUACCUGAACCACCGCCACACAAACGACGUUGAGCAACUUUUGUUCUCAACAAUAGCAUCUUUGGGGGAUGACUCAAAGUCAUGGCUGACAUCUAUUUUGCUGCCCUCCGCUCAGGGUCUAGCUCCACGUUCGGUCAAUCUGUUUUCUUUCUCUGGCAACUUACAGAAGUGAGCAGGAAAAGCUUGACUCUGAUUGGCUGUUGCUAGCACAUUUCCACUAUGUUUGAUUGAGUAAAUAUGCUCACAGCUGAUCACCAUGAUUGAACUGGGAUUUAUCACGAUCAUAUGAUAGCCCACUCCUAGCUGAUAGUUUGGCUAAUCACAGAGUUAUAUAAGUCACCAGAGCAGCAACAAGUGAUGUGCUCUUCAGUUUUUGAGCCCGACACUGUGCAGUUCUGUGAAUCUGUGUUUUUGGGGCACAAACAAAUUGUAAACAUCUAGAAACAGAAUGAUAUAAGGAGAAACCGCUGAUGACGGCAUGAGGAUCAAAGUCAUUCGUGGGCGCCUAGUUUGAUGAAGAGUGACUAAUAUGAAGUAAAAUAUUCACUCUAUAUGACUGUGAAAGGUUCUUCACAUCUUCUUAAAAUAUCCCCAAAAAAAGACUCUUUGCUUUCACUUUUGUACAGCAGAACUUUGAUGUGUGUAAAGACAUUCGUCAGUCGCUGCUCUCAUGAGCAGAGAUGAAUCAAACAAAUGUCACUUUCAAUUUACCAACAUAAAACCCGCUUUAUUCCUUGCUUUAAAUAAUAAAACCUGUUUUAUUUGUCAGAUUAAGAGUUAGACACAGCUCUCUUUCUUAACUUAAUAUCACUAGUGUCUAUGCUGAUGGCCGGCAAAAGACCCCGAUCUGGAAUUUGAAAAACAAUUCAGUGCUUUCAAAGGGGUCCUUCAGUUUAAGAAGAUACAUAACGCUGAAAAAUUGGUUCACUGAAACUGGGCUAUUAAAACGCAUGUAAAUGCAUAAAUCAGGUUAAAAUUGCAUAAGUUGAAUUUCUUGUACAUACCUAAGUUAUGCAGUUGGGGAUGCAUUUUCUGUACAUGCUUCAUUACUCAUAUGCCAGACUUUGACACAGAAGUCGAGCAGCAUAAGCACAUCGAUGGAAACAACUUUAAUGGCUUUACCAGCAGACAGUCCAGCUGUAACUAGCUACCUCUCGCAGAGGAGGCGAAAUGACUUUUAUUAAUAAACCGGUUCUUGCCUGGUGCUUGUACUCCGGGAUGUCCCACAAUUGAGCUCUACCUGUCGUUCGACAUGACUGUACAUGUGAAUAUACUGACACACUAUAUGAUUCCUGGCAGCAGAUCAGAUGACAUCAACCCCGCACUUUACUGUUUUGGAGUAUUUUAAAAUUCUGUAUCAAUCAGAUAUCGUGUAGUAUUAUUUUAGAGUUGUCCUGUAAUCACUCAAUUAUCGAGGAUUAGCUGUGAUUUAUCACUGCUGUGGGGAAUUAACUGGUAUUGGGUAUUGUACAGUGAGUUAUGCUGCUUUUCUCAUUACCACUAAUAUGGUAGGAAGUGUGACAUUCAGGAUCUUGACUAUUGGUUGGUGGUUGGUGUUAGGGCUGCACAAAUAAUCUAUUUUAAAUCAUAACCGGAUUAUUUGAUUUUGAAUAUUAAAAAAAAAAAAAAAGUUGUCAAACCGAUUUUCCUCUCUUAUCAUGUAUGGCUCUUCCAGGCCACCAUAGGCAUACACUCCCCAGUUCCCACACACACACACCAGUGUAAACAAACAUGGCAUUUGCAAGAGAAGGCGAUUAUUGCGUGGCUAAAUAGGGCAAGAGCAAGUCAGUUGUGUGGAAUUGGUACGGCUUCGUAGUUUUGGAUGAAGAGCAAACCACUCCCCGCUGCAAAGUCUGUCUGAAGGCGGUAUCAACCUGUCCAUGAAUUCAGGAGAAAACGAAACAGUUUUUUGACGCAUCAGCGUUUCAUCCACACAAAAACGGCGUCAAAUAUGGUACUUUUUUGAAAAUGGGUCAGAGAGUGCUACAUUAAAAAAUGAAUACCAUUUGUUUAUCUCCCAAAACGAUUAUGUGACACACAGCAUAACUCUUUCAUGGCGCCUGCGUGUGUCUGGCUAAAACAACCUUUAUACGCAUUCUCUGUAUUCUACUUCUAUCUUUUGCGCAUUUUCUUGACAGCGUUACAGCACCACUUAGGGGCUUGGCAUAUGCACUACAUCGUUUUGAGUGGUUUUGUUUUGAGAGUUGAUAGAAAAACUUAUUUUUAAAAUGAAGUUGUCAAAAAACAAAAUUGAAAUCUAAAAUUGGGUUUUCAGAGAAAAAAAUCAGGAUUUUAUUUUUUGCCAAAAUCGUGCAGCCCGAGUUGGUGUGUUUCUGGGAUCUAAAUAUCAGCAGUAUUAGGUGGCCAGCAUUCACAGAAAAAAAAUAAUUAUGACUCUGAUUACACUGUGAAUCAUAAAUGAGUUUUUAUUAGUAUGAGCCCAUUGAGCACUUCUGCCUCAGGUCUUCCUUACAGGUUAAUCUGGCCACGGAUGUCACAUGGGCGCACAGUUCUACUACUUUAUUGAUACCCCAGAGGUUAAUGGACCUCAUCUCAGUUAGUAGAACAAACUCAUGAUCGAGGUUACGCUAAGUCUGCUCUGGUUUUGUGUUAUGAAUGAAGAACAUUUUUGAAUUUUGCCUCGCCUCUGCCAGAGUAUUUCUCUUUGUGCUUUUGCGUCACAGAAAAAAAAAAAAAAAAAAACGCCCAGUAAAUUUAUUUUUGAGAGCCGGAAGAGAAAAGUAGAACAGAGACUUUUUCAGUUGUAUCAUCACAGUCCUGCAGCCCUCAAUCAAGAAUGUGUGUGUCCAAACCUCCCUGAAAUAGAAAGGGGUCUGUAUAGUAGAUGAACCAAGGUUACACGAGCCAGUAAUAUGACUGAAGCUGACCUCCAGUGAACUGAGGGAUUAUGUGGAUUUAUGCCUGUGGAAAUCUGCGUUUGUGGCUCGGGAAAAGCCUAUAAGAGAGAUGGGAAGCACCGCUGCGGGGGUCACUCGAGGGUGCUGCAUAAUGUGUGUUUGUAUCCAUUAAGCCAUUAGACAUGCUUGCAUUCACUCUGGACAGAUGUUGUAUUUUGCUCUGUGAAGGACAUGCGGAAUUCCUCACGGUUUGUCCCAGCACAGAGCCCCCCUGUGUUUGCGAUAAAGUCAGGCUGUUAUGACUUGCAACGGGAAGUGUGUCUCUGCACUUGCCUGCCAGAUGAACAAACAGGAGAACAGCCCAAAAAAAAAGUAAACAGCAAAAGUCUUCGAUGUGGCAAGACAAAGUAAACAGUGUGGAAAAAGCUGUGUCAGCUGUCAACUGAGGCAGAUGUUCAUCCAAACCUUGUCUUAAAACAUCAUCAGUCGAAGGUGACGUGAUAAAACAACUGAAGCUGAUUUCUUUAUGGUUUGGAUAGUGGCAAAUCCUACUCUGUAGAGGCUUCUUAUGUAAUGUGUACCAAAGCUACAAUAAAUAGUUCAGAUUUCACACUAACUUAAUCAAUCAAAACAAGAGUUACAAACAUGACGUCAAACAGAGUGACAAGAUCCUGGGUUAUCUUGCAGUCAGCCGUCAUUCUUUAUCAGCCGUGCUGCAUGGACCUACAUGGGAAAAUGGAAACAAUGUUUGUUCCAGUUACAGACAAGUCAUGUUAUGCCUCAAUGUCCCGAGAAGCAUUAUUUAUCUCAUCUUCUCAUUUGGUAGCAAGGAGCUCAUGACAUUGAUGAAGAUGUAGAUGUGAAUGUGAGCCUGUCCUAAGUUACAAGGACUGUAUAGAACCAGACAGUGAAUGAGGCUUGGGUUAGUGGAUAAAUAAAUUUGAUAAUAGCUUUUGAAUCUGCUGGGUCAGAUGCAUAAUUAAUUUAAAGGACUUUUUACUGGAUAGCACCGGCAAAUGAGAGGGAAAAAUGCACAGAGAGGGGGAGCAGAUUAUGAUAGACACAACAAAGGGCUGCAGAAGAGAGUUAAACUGGCGGCCAAUGCAUCAAGGGCUCUUUCUUGUUUGGCGCCAGUUAGGCUCCAAAAAGCAGUAGUCUUGCGUGCCCCUGUAAAUGAAUAAAACUGCUUAUGAAUGUAUUGACAUAUACAGAACAAUUUAGCCUGUUUUCUCCACAUAUUUAUACAUUAUUAUUAUUUAUACAUUUAUACAUUACCCAAGUAUCUAAAAAUGGAGACAGUGCUGAUGCUGAUUGUGUGUUCUCUGUGUGUGCAGUGGAGAAAUGACUUUGUCAACGGUUUGGUGAAGAUCCCAAACUCUCACGAGACUCAGGAAGAGUGCCUCGGUAUGGCCGUCCUCGACAUGACAAGAACAGCCAAGGAGAGACAGAUGUCGCCGCUCGACAUUUACCACACUAUAAGGUACUACAAUGAAAUAACAAGGGCAGGUUUCCGAGGAGCUUAUCUGGAAAUAACUCCUGCUAAGCACCCUUUGAUGUAAUAGUGUUAUUUUACUGUUACAAAACCUGAUUUUCUGCACAUAAUUUAUUUUAGGAUUAUUGACAUGUUACUUUUCUUUUUUGAAACCUUGUUUAUGAAACAAACCGCUCUUCUUAAACAGUGUAAUGUGUCAUGUUGUCUCAGCUGUAAUGAACUUUUAUGAUAUCUCAAAUCAAAAAGGCAGAUGCCAGCAAAGUUCAGUUCCAGUCAGGGAAUAUCGGCUCACAUAAGUGGGGAACAAAACAAAGCUUUUGGCAGAGGAUUGAGUCUGAAGAGCUGGCUGCAGACCCAAGUCUUUCUGUGUGAUUGCUUUUUUCCUUAAAAUCAUUUUGUAUCCAGUCCAGGUCACUUCUGUGGUGUUAACUUUUCAAAUAGUUAUUUGGACCAUGUGAUCUGUCCUUAUACACGUUAACACUUUCCCUUUUGUCUGCCAUUAGCUAUAAGUCCUUCCUGCCAAAGGACGUGAGGGCGCAGAUCCAAGACUGCAACUUCCUGACACGCAAACGAAUCCGCUUUCGCUUCAAACGCUUCAUCCAGCAGUUCAGUCAGUGUCGCACUACAGCUCGAGACCUCAAGCUCAAGUACCUCAUCAGCAUGGAGUCCCUGGAGAAGGCCUUCUACACGGAAACCUUUCAGGUCCGGGAACCGUCCAGAGGUCAGCUCAUCAUCCUGGUGGCAGCAGACAGUGGCAUCCAGUGGAGCAAAGAGAAAUUGAAAGAUUCUGAGCAGGUUGGUGGGCUGACUUUCUUACAGAGCAAUUAGGUUUAAAAACAACACUAAGAGCCCUUGUUCCUUCCUGAGACAUCAAUACAUGACUUAGACUGAUCUCUCUUAAGGACUCCUCUGUGUCAACAAAGAAUCUGUUCUCAAAUGACAAAACUGUGAGUGUUGGAAGUGAUCUGGAUUCAGUCAGCAAUUAUGUUGACCCAGAAAGAAGAUAUAAAUAUAUUUUCCAGUAAACACAUCUCAAAUCAUUGGAUGGGUCUUAUAGGUAGGGCUAAGGAAUUAACUCUCUGGGGUUAACACUGGUGUAUACAGCUAUUGUUGUGUUUACAAUAACAGCUCUAAAAUUUUAACUGCCUGCUGUAAAAUCCACUCAGUUCGUGAGACAUGGAACAUCAUCGUCACUGAACGAUCUGUACUUGGAAAUCAAUUUCAACACGGUUUUGCCUUCAGAGUUGCUACGGAGACUCAUGGCUAACAACUGUCUGCACUGGGAAUUCAGAAAAGUAGUGCUGCGUUCGAGUUACCUUGCAAGUCAGAUGUCAGAGCUGAAAAUGACUCUAUACCCGAAUUACCAGCGUUUCAGUUACCACAUCUACAAAAGUUAUUUGAGCGCUUGCCUUGUCCUAAUAUAACCAAGACAAGGCAAGCGCUAAAAUGACUUUUGUCAUUUUUGGUAACUGAAACGCUGGUAACUCGGGUAUGUCAUUUUCAGCUCCAACAUCUGACUUCUGAGGUAACUCGAACGUAGCAUUAGGUUCUCCCCCAGCAGCUGCAUCAUUGUCAGACAGUUGCCAUGGCUACCUAGAUUGGGGUCAUAAUAGUUUCUCAAGUCCAUUAAGUAUCACAAAAACAGUUUUUUGUUGUUUCCAAUAGAACAGAUAAGAAAAAGUGAUUUCUUCUGCCCUUUUGUUUAGGAGCCGCAGACCUUCUGUGACUUUCCUGAUGUCACUGACAUCAACAUCAAACAAGUCAACAAGGAGGGUACUGCAGAGAGCCGGGUGGUCACCAUCAACAAACAAGAUGGCAAAAAUCUGGUAAUUACAUUUUUUGAAUGCCUGUCUUUUUACAAGGUGGUAACCUAACAACCAAACAGGGAAAUCUCAGCAGCCAUGGGCAAAUGGUUUUAAGAAUAGGGUUUCCAUUUUAGGCCCUUUAUGCAACAUGAGUUUUAUAAUUCAGAAUCAGAGGAUAGUUUGAGAGUGGUGGAAGUUCGCAUCUUUUUUUCUUACACGUGCGCUGGUGUGUUUCAGGAGCUGGAGUUCUCGAGUCUGUGUGAAGCCCUCUCCUUUGCGUCCCUCAUCGACGGUUACUAUCGCCUGACCACAGAUGCACAUCACUACCUUUGUAAAGAAGUAGCUCCUCCUCGGCUUGUGGAGGCCAUCGCAUCCCAUUGCUACGGCCCGAUCUCGUGAGUGAAGAACAAAGAAAGCUUAUUCUAUUUUGAAACGCUAAACUGUUACUAUCAAAUAUCAAGCAGGAGUCAAGAGUUGGAAAAUUGUAUUAUUUUAAGAAUGAUUUUACAACCUCCUGUUCGUCUGAUUUGUUGUGCCCUCACUGUCUCACUUGUAUAUUAAACUAAUUUCAUUUUUCAAAGCUGUCAAACCAAGUCACACUGCAUCCCAUCCUCAGGGACUAGCACAGCUUGAGAAGCGUAAAAAAGCACAGCUGCAAAUUUUAUUUCUUAUUUUACAUUAUUCAUCCUUAAUUAUGGUGUUAACCAUUGAGCUGCACCAGAUGUGAUGCAGCUGUUGCAAAAAUUUGUGUGGUGUAGUAGAUUUUUAAACAAGUAAAUAAUAGAUAGAUAUAUAUACUUUAUUGAUCCCAAACUGGGAAAUUCUCAAAAUAACAUACCUGUAUUCUAACUUUAUGUUGUGUGUUUGGUCGCAGAAUGGAGUUUGCCAUCACACGCCUUCAGAAAUGUGGAAACAAGCGAGGAUUGUACAUUUUGAGAUGCAGCCCGAAAGAUUACAACAAGUUUUUUCUGACUUUCCCUGUUCAGGUAUGUGAAGGUCUCUCUGGAUAUCUGGUAUAUCUCACUGAGUUGGAGACUUAGAAGAAAAACUUGAAGGAAAAUGGAGUACAAAAAUGGGACAAGAAGUCCUCAGCAUUAUUCUGUGGAAGGGAAGCUUUGAUAUUGUUGAGAACAGCACUUUGGCUACAAAAAAAACACACCAGAAGUUGUCAGAAAUCAGUGGCUGUCUGAUGUAGAAAUAUGCAAACAAGACUUUGGCCGUAGUCAGACUAAUAUCCGAGCCGCCUCACUCAGCGGCAUGAACAUGGAAAAGGCUAUGGCAUAAAACUUUCUGAACUGUUGUGACACAGGAGACUGAAUUUCUCUCAGCCUGCACCAUGAAGUCUGUAAAGGAGGUAAAGUUGACCUAUAAAGUAAGCAUAAACUGCUGGGCAUUGGCUUUGUGUUUGAUAAGGCUUCAGACUAGACUGACCUUCACAUGUUACAUAGCACAAGCACUGCAGUUUGCUCAGACAGGCUACAUGCACAGAGAUUGAUUUUUUUUUUUUUUUCUAUUUUUGUUAGGAUGAAGUGUCUUUUAUAUUCCUGGAAAGUCAUUUGCAUUAAAUAAUCAAACCACCCAGGCUGUUUCUAUGUUAAUGUUUCUCUAUCAAUUCAGUGAAAGAAACUGAACUAGCGCCUUAAUUUGAUGUGUUUGCUUCCCUCUUUGUGUCUGCUAGGUAUAUGACGCAGUAGAGUAUAAGCACUGCCAGAUCACCAGGUCUGACAGCGGGGAGUUUAACCUCAGCGGAACCAAAAGAAACUUCAGCGGCUUGCAAGAACUACUCAGCUGCUACCAAAAGGAGACAGUGCGCUCCGAGAGCGUCAUUUUCCAGUUCAGCAAGUGUUGUCCUCCUAAAUCCAAAGGUAAAAGCGACUCUUGAUUAGGUCCAAGAGGGUGGGAACGCUCUUUUGUAAAAAUUUAACCACUGUCUGCCUUUUUAGAUGAAGGUUGCUGCAUGUUCCAACCAUACAUGGACGUUCCAGAGAGGCUGUUUUAAAAUGCAAAACUGUAGCUGCAGACACUUCUAAAAAGGGCUAAGGGGGACGGGUUUUGUAAGCGCAAAAGCAUGAAUGAAAAUUGCUAAAAAUCCGUGAAGGGAAAAACCACUUUUUUAUCCUUAUUCAACCAUGAUUUUUGAGUAUGCCGACUGCCAGCUUAAACACAGGGUCUGCAUUAACAAACACCGCCUGGUGUCAAUGGGCCUCCAGCUGUACGAGUUUGAUCUUCAGAUGCUGCCAAAUAUAGAAAUAUCAUUUCACAUCCUGUUAAGCCACAUUCUUCCCAAAAUAAGGAGUCAUUAUGUCUGCACAGCUAACCCACAUGUGACUCACUACAACCUAAAGCCUAUUACAUGUAAAAAGUGUUUAUCUUCAUGUUGUGGAUUUCCAAGUUUCUCAGUUAGUUAGUUAGGCUUAAAUUUUGACAACCUUCACAUUUGGAAAUUGUCGUUGUCAUGUAAAAUCAUUUUUGGUCUCUGCAGAAAAGUCGUGCCUCCUCGUGUGCAGGAGCAACAAGGGUUGUGAAGUGCCUCCAUCUCCGUCAUUGCAUCGACACAACAUCAGUCAGAUGGUGUUUCACAAGAUUAGGAAAGAAGAUCUGGAAUUUGUGAGUUCAGUUUGCAUCUUCAGUAGGGGUGUCAUGAUACAACUUUUUGACUUCAGAUACGAUACCGAUAUUGUUGCCUUCAAUAUUGACUGAUCCCAUAUCGGCACAAAAUUGUGCACGACAAGUUAUCCACUCAGCUGCAGUGUCUUUUUCAGACUUAAACAAAAAAACACUGCCACAAGGCCGACAUCACUCCUACUCCUUGCUACUUUGUUAGUACCUUAGUACACACUGUUGUUGUGAUUUUGUGGGCGCCGCUUACUGGAUCAGGGCGCUGCUAGAUAGAGGUGCCAGGGCGGAGUCUGGAAUGGACUGCUUGUAUCGGAGUGCUGAUCUCAAAGAUUUUAAAUGCAGGCCGAUAUAAUCCGAUAUUUGUUUUUUUGCUAAUAUCGGACCUAUAUCUGAUGUCAGUAUCGUAUCGGGACACCCCUAAUGUUCAGGGGGGUCUCAUAUACCUCAGCUAUACUAAAAUAAUGACUAAAAGACUCUGAGCGACUGUAGUCAUGCAAAACUACAUUACUUACUAUUCUGUUUUACUAACUCAUGCUUCAAAUUAACCCACAUAAUCUUUUUUUUUUAAUAUAAAAAUGAAUGAAAACCAAAUCAACGUUCUUUUUAUCAGAUGGAGAGUUUAGGUCAAGGGACGUUUACAAAAAUCUUCAAAGGGGUCCGCAAAGAGUUGGGAGAUUACGGACUCAUGCACCAAACUGAAGUGGUCAUGAAAGUCCUGGACCAAGCCCACAGGAAUUACUCCGAGGUCAGUUUUUGAGAUUUCAGAAAGGCUUGAGCACCUUUACUGAUGAAAUGAUGAAUGGUGUUAAAGUAAAUGUGUUUUUUUUUUCUUCUCUGCAGUCUUUCUUUGAAGCAGCCAGUAUGAUGAGCCAGUUAUCACACAAGCACCUGAUCCUGAACUAUGGCGUGUGUGUCUGCGGAGAAGAAAGUAAGUCCACCUAAAAGACUCACUCGCUGUACACUCGUGUGUGUCCUCAUUUGACCCCUCGUCCGCACACACAACUAACAAACAACACGCAUUCAUUUGACGACCAUUAUGAGCUUAUGUCAUUACGCUGUAAUGAUGUCAAGAGUCUACUGUAGAGGCUGUAAUCUUGACCAGACUUCAUCAGUUGGUGGCUCAGAGCAGUGAUUAAAUGAUGGGGGUGGUGGGCUAUUCUGAGGAGGAUUAGAGUCCCCUAACCAGAAGCUCUUUGACCUGCCUCAUGCCCUCUUCACCUCACAAGAUUCCUGCUGCCACUCCAAUUAUCUCUGUCGAUCGCUUUUUGGUGGAAGUAUGCUCGUGAGUUGAGACGUAAAAUUUACUGUUGGAAGCCUGUAAGCUUCUGAAAAUCUCUCUGGGUGUGCAGUUGGUUUAAAAACGUCCUUGUCGAGCUCCUAUAAGCUUCUUUUAGUCACCUUUAUAAGAAUUUCUGGAUAAUUGCUUUUGUCAAGACUAGCUUUAAGUGUUUCCUGAAUCAGAGCUGCAGAGAAAUAGUUAGUACAGCUGUAAUGUAACUGUGGCUGACACUGACAUACUUUGUGUUUGCCAUAAUUCCUGCUGUCACGCAGGUAGUGGCUUUGCUUAACCCCAUUUGCAAAGUGGCUCAUGAUAAUGUCAUUAUGCAGGAUGACAUGACACUGAUAUGUUUGAGAGGGCAGAGGUGACUGUAAUGGAGCAUCUCUAUCCUCGUCUUCCUGCAGAUAUCAUGGUGCAGGAGCUUGUGAAGUUCGGAUCUCUGGACACCUACUUGAAGAAGAACAAGAACUCGAUUAACAUCCUGUGGAAGCUGGAGGUGGCCAAGCAGCUGGCCUGGGCCAUGAACUUCCUGGUAGGAAUCCCAGAGAUCCCAGUUCUUCCACAAACUGUGGGAGAGAUUAUCAUUCAGAAACAAACAGAGAAAAUGUUUAAAAAAAUAAUUUGCGUAUUUGGAAAUUCAGGUUUGUUUUUGAAAAGUUUUGUGUGUUUAAAGCAAAAGUUGAUUGAAUGUCAUUAAUUUCUCGACCUGCAGGAAGAAAAGGGUCUCGUCCACGGGAACGUCUGCGCUAAAAACGUUCUCCUGAUCCGAGAGGAGGACCGGCGGGCUGGGAACCCGCCCUUCAUCAAACUGAGUGACCCUGGCAUCAGCAUCACAGUCCUGCCAAGAGAAAGUGAGUCCAAAUCAGCUUUACUGUAAUGCACCUCUUUUCAACAGCAGGGGGCAGCAAAGCAAAAGAAAAAGCAAUGAGUUUAAAGGUCUUAAAGGUCCUUGAUUUCUCUGUAAAGGAGUCAAAUCAACAUGUUUGUUUUUCUUUUUUAUUUCUGAGAAGCAAACUAAAUCCAAUUUUGUACAAAUAUUACAUGACAUGAUCACAGACUGUAAGACUGUGUUCAAAUGACUAACUAUAUAGGUUCACAUUUCCACCAAGAAAUUAAGAUAAACAUUAGAGUACAUAAUGAGAUUAAUCUUUUUAUGAUGUAGCUCUCCCAGAAACCCUUUUCUUUUAAAUUCACAAAUAAACAUUGGAAGCUUCCUAUUAUAUAAAAAUAAAUAAAUAAAAAUAUAGUGAGAGCAAAAUUUUUGAUGCAAGUCCAGCCAUCUAGGUUUAACAUAUUCAAUCCACUUGGUCUAAAGCCUUUCAAAUCUUUCUUUUUCAAGUCCAAGGAUUGUCUGUGUUGGAUGUUAUCUGCUGUAAAUAGAUAAAUCAGACAAGGUUGCGUCUUUUGAAGCAGCUCUUUCUUAUUUGUGCAGAGGAUGAAAAAACUUGACUUUUUGGUUUUAAAAAAAGAACAAUCAGUAAGCCAUCAGCACUGGAUUAAAUGUUUGUUUUUCUGUUCAGUCCUAAUCGAGAGGAUCCCUUGGGUGCCCCCUGAGUGUAUCGAGGACCCUGCCAACCUGAGCCUGGCUGCAGACAAGUGGAGCUUUGGCACCACGCUAUGGGAGAUCUGCAGCGGUGGGGAGAAACCUUUGGCAACACUUGACAACUCUAAGGUAGGGCUGGGUGUUGAGAGACUAAAGAAAGAGACAGUGGAAGUAUGAAGUACAGAUCAGUAAUAACACAAUGUAUAUCAGGGUGUACAAAUUGAUUCCUGUAUUGACUUUAGGAAUGGUACAGGGCUGGGAGUAUCCUGGAGACUCACAGUGUGGUCAGUUAUAAAUAACUGUUGACAAACCUCUUCUGUGACCCACUGUGCUUUCGUGUAGUAACAGUAACGAGCAGGGCGGGAUGUCCUUCUCCUGCAUUGCCGUGAUAGUAAAAUGAAACAACAAGUUUGCCACACUUCAUGUUUAACAAUGCACCGCUUGUUUGCAUCGAGUGCAGAUUCCAAACUGGGUGUCAACAUGCAGCGCAAUUUCACACAAGUCAUUAAGCUGAAAAAUAUCGUCUUUGCAUGACGAGGCUUGCACAACCUCACCUACUUUAUCUCUCUCUCACUGCUCUUCAAUGUAAUAUUAUGCAAGUGUUUCCUUUAACCCAAAUGAGUUUAAAAUUAUAACAGUCCAAAAUAUGUGAAUGAAUUGGUGUUUAUAUAACAGUAAGACAUGCAGAGCUCUGGCAGUGUCACUCUUUGUGGUUAAACACCCUUUUAAGCCUUGAAUCUUAUUAUGCCCUUCAUUUUGUCUCUCAGAAAACCCUUUUCUACGAAGAUCACCACCAGCUCCCCGCUCCAAAGUGGACCGAGCUGGCCAAUCUGAUCAACAGCUGCAUGGACUAUGAGCCCACCUUCAGGCCAACAUUUCGGGCCAUUAUCCGUGACCUCCACAGCCUCUCCACGCCAGGUUGGUGACUAAGCCGCACAUCAGCUGAGCAGUGUCACAACAAGGAAUCUAGGUCACACCAGUGUGGAAUCUCAAAUGUCCUCAGACACACACACCCCUGACCACACACAAACACAUUUAUCAUGGUGUCUUCAGAGACAUGUCAGUGUAAAGAGAGACUCAGCUCCUGUCUUCAUUAGCUGCUUGUUUAAAUGAAUAACAUCAGAAAUAGAGCAAAAGUGUAUAAAGCCAAUUCUUCAGCAUUAAAAGGAUUAUAAGGAUACAUGUUUUUUCUGCUCAUAGUUAGUCAGGUAGACUAAGUCAGUAUUUUUAUAUAUCUGAUCAAUCAAAUGUGGACUGAUCUUGAUCUCAGAGGGCUUCUUUAUUUUUUAGCUGUCGAUAAUUUUGGUUUUUGAUUUUCAGACUAUGAGCUGAUCGUGGACAGUGACAUCCUGCCAAACAGGACGACGGGCUCAGGCUGGGCGACUGGAGGCCUCGAGUCUCAGGAGCCGGCUCAGUUUGAAGAGAGACACCUCAUAUUCUUACAGCAGCUGGGCAAGGUAGGAAGACGCUCCGAACCUGAGUCCAUGAGAACAGAUCAGUAUACAUUAACAAGACUCGGUGGUCCUGUGAGGAACUUUUAGUUUGGGUCAGCUUUGGCUUCCCUGUGGACAAGAGAGUCGUUGCUUAUGUGGUCCAAGAAAUGCUGAAGUAGUGCUUUCUGACCAACAAUGUCAUCAUUCUAACUUUUGACAGUCAAAUUUAUAAUUAUAGUGCAUAUUAAAUGAGAAAAAUAUAAUAGGAGGCCUGUUUCUCUGCUGCUCAGCUGAUGCCUAUCUCCCUUGCACCGGUUUCAGGUGUUAAACAUCAGAAUGUGUAAGUCAUCGAUCUUGUCGUUGAUGGUCUUGUUUAGUUUUUCUAUCAUUAAAAGUAUCAGUAUGAAUUUCAAAGUUAAAAAAGAAAAACUCAUAGGAGCUGUAAGUUAUAUAGUUAUAACUACUUUCUGAAGGGAAUAUUCUUCUCUUCUUUCUUUUUCUGGAACAUGUAUUUUUUUACAGGGUACGAAACAAAGAAAACAUGUUGAUCACAUUUUUGGGGAGAAUAUAUGUUAUAUUGUAAGUUUUGACAUAGAACUCAAACUCAGUAAAUGUUUGAAGGCCCACUCGAGUUUUCCUUCUCUUUCAGGGAAACUUUGGCAGUGUGGAGAUGUGUCGAUAUGACCCUCUUCAGGACAACACUGGUGAGGUGGUGGCUGUGAAGAAACUCCAGCACAGCACCGCCGAGCACUUGAGAGACUUUGAGAGAGAGAUCGAGAUCCUGAAAUCUCUGCAGCAUGAGAACAUCGUCAAAUACAAAGGAGUUUGCUACAGUGCAGGUACACCUCACCUGUCAUUAAUACUUGUAGUUGUUAGAUUAGAGUCUUAAACUCGUGCUUGGUAGGGUUUUUAUUUCCACUGCUUUCAGUGAUGAGCAGAACAGCACUUAAAUGACUCAGUUAAAACCACACUCAUCACAGGCCAUUUUUUUUAAAAAAGCUUUUACUGUAAAGAAAAAUCCUCACCGAAGCUUUGGUAUCACAGAUUUACUCUACAAAAUAUGUUUCGUUUGAUACCAGUGUGUUUCAUUUUCGAUUAAGUAACGAAACUUUGAGUUGAUAUUGCGGUUCAAGCCCUUUCAUUGCUGUACAAAAGUGCUUAUUCUUCAUUUUGGUUUUCCCAGGGCGACGCAAUCUCCGUCUCAUCAUGGAAUAUCUGCCUUUCGGCAGCCUGCGAGAUUACCUCAUGAAAAACAGGGAGCGGAUUGACCACAGAAAGCUUGUGCAUUACACUUCUCAGAUCUGCAAGGUACCUCCCCGCUUUACCUGCUCCUACUACACACCUUCUAUUGCUGCUAACCAUCAGAGCAACAGGAGUGACAGGAUUUGCCAAUGUCUUUACAGGGUAUGGAGUACCUGUCAAGUAAGCGGUAUAUCCACCGGGACUUGGCAACACGAAAUAUCCUUGUGGAAAGUGAGUUGAGGGUGAAGAUUGGAGAUUUUGGCCUCACCAAAGUUCUGCCUCAGGAUAAAGAAUACUACAUGGUCAGAGAGCCUGGAGAGAGCCCCAUAUUCUGGUCAGUCCAUCAUAAUCAUCUUAAGGUUUCACUCUCCUCAGAGAGUUCUGUAAAAGGUAAAACAGGGACAUACAGUCACUCAGUCUGUUGUCUUUAUAGGUACGCUCCUGAGUCACUGACUGAGAGUAAAUUCUCAGUGGCGUCAGACGUGUGGAGCUUUGGAGUGGUGCUGUACGAGCUCUUCACUCACAGCGACAAGAACAGCAGCCCUCCAGCAGUAAGUGAUAACACACCCUCACACACAAGCACGGUGGCUUUUGGCUUAUUUUGACAUGUUGGGACAGCACGCACAGAACAGAUUCAAGUACAUGUCUCAUCUAAAAACAUCCUUGACUGCGUACGCCUCCUCUUCAGAUCCCGUUUGUGUUUUAAGAUAUUUAUCUUCCUUAAUCUGUGUGGCAGUGGUCAAGUGAUUUUUCACAGAACUUUAAAGUGUUACUUGGUAAAAUAUCUGCUCAGAGAUAGACUUGAAAGCGGUAUGUGAGCACACAAGAAUCUAUCAAAAGAGCGUUAUCUUUUAUUAAAAUGUCAACAGCAUGAAGAGACACAAAGGAAAUCUUCAAGUUAAAGAAACAAACUGACCUGGAGAUACAGUUUUGUUAACGUUUCAUUAAUGCUUUUUGCUCCUAACAUCAGAAACUUUUGUUCGUAUCAGGGGAAAGAAUAUCAACGUUCCAGCCCUGCUGCAGAGAAACUUUUCCUCCCUUGUCCAUCAGUUUUCUGUGUCUGGGUAUACACAGACGAUAUUUCUGGUUUCUUUGAGAUUACAGAGCCAAAAGUCUGGUGUGAUUCAUAUUACAAAUAAUUACACAUAAUUCAUUCACCAUCAUAUAUUUGGUUUUGUGUCUUCUUGAUCAGAACAGAUUUAUUAAAGACUUGUCAGGACAUAAUUUUUGCUCAGUGUACAUGUUUGGAUUCAUUGGAAAUCAUAAAAUUCACUUUUUUUUGCAAAUUAAAAUUAAAUUUUAAUGUCUUUGCUGUCACUUUUUUCCUCCUCAGGUCUUUAUGUCCAUGAUGGGAAACGACAAGCAGGGACAGUUAAUCGUCUAUCACCUCAUCGAGCUCCUCAAAUCAGGCAGCCGGCUGCCUCAACCUCUGGGAUGUCCCACUGAGGUACGAACUGAACAGCUGUUUUCUACCUGAUCAGAAACCCUAAACACACACACACAUCUGCUAACUCUAACACUGUAUGUUGAUACAAACACAGGCAUAUACCAAACAUGUCAGUUCAGCUUCUCUAUCAUGCUUGUGUUACUGUUUUGGAUUUUCUUUCCUAAAUUCAAUCAUCUGUCGUUUUGUUCUUUUUCCUCUCAGAUCCAUGAAAUCAUGGAGGAGUGCUGGGACAACGACCCCGGCUUGCGUCCUUCUUUUAAGGAGCUCGCUCUGCGCAUUGACUUGUUCAGGGACAGUAAAGAGUUUUAGAGAGAACAAUCACCCAAAGUGCCCUGCUCCUCUGCAACCGAGUCGCUCUUAAUGUUGUCGCCCUGUUCGUGACAAAGGGACAAAGGCCAAAAAGAGGUUUCUCUUCUGCUCAGUGCUAGCUCCUGGCAAUGUAGCUUGUGACUGGAAGAGUGGUGGUUCAAACCCAGGACCAUAUGAAAAACUACUGCCAAUGUGCCUUUAAGCAAGGCACUUAAACCCCAUUUCUAAUGUGGAGCUGCUAGGUAACAAGCAGCAGAACAGAAAUGGAAGAUUGGAUGAAAGAAACUGCUGACUGUAGAUGUUGAAAAAGUGUUCAAAUAUACAGGAUAAAGUUUAAGAGGAAGAGACUGUGAGGAGAUUAUUGCCAGGUUAAAAGCUAGAGAUGCUUGUGUCAAACAAGUUCUUUGUGUGUGUACAAAUUUAUGUGUGUGUGUAAGAGAGAGAGAGUGAGUGUGUGUACGUGUGUGUCCAUACAAACAGCUAGCAGGGCUAGCUUCCGCCAUCCCUUUUGUCCCCUUCCCUGAAGAGAAAUGGACUGAUAGUGUUUAAUGUUUUCUACGUGUGUGUGCGUGUGUAAAUACAAACAGUAUAUUUGUGUAAAUAUGUCCAGAAAAAUUUUAUAAUUUUAUAAAAUGAAAAUACAGUGAAAAACUAUAUUUGACAUGCCAGAAAAAUGUCAGUGUUAAUGAAGUACAAACACAGGUGAUUUAAAAAAAAAUCUGUUCUUGUUUUAUGUUUUCAUUGUGAGAGGUGGUGUGAACAUUAAACUGUUAAAUUCCAAAACUGA